ACUCAAUUAUAGAAAAAAAAGUCCUCAAAAAAAAGGUUACAAUAUAUAAAAAAAUAAUAAAUAUAUAAGUAAAAGCGCCCCCAACUGUUUUCACAAAUUCCGAUGCCCUGGAGUGAGUCAGUUAAUGCAAUAUUGAAGGAAUUUCUUCAAGAUACCAAGCAAAACUGGCAUAGAUGUCAACUCCUACAGAUCCCUCUGGUGGGAUGCCCCACCCUGGACCUUCACCAGGCCCAGGUCCAUCUCCUGGGCCUAUUCUUGGCCCAAGCCCAGGACCAGGACCCUCGCCAGGUUCAGUACAUAGUAUGAUGGGCCCGAGUCCAGGACCGUCAAAUGUGACCCAUUCAAUACCACCCCAGGGUCCGAAUGAGUACCAGCAGGACAGCAUGCAUCAGAUGCACAAGCCUAUUGAUGCAAUGCAUGACAAAGGGAUGGCUGACGAAAUGCACUAUGGUCAGAUGAAAGGCAUGGGAAUGAGGGCUGCUCAUGCUGGAAUGGGACCACCUCAGAGUCCAAUGGAUCAGCAUUCUCAAGGUUAUCUGUCUCCUCAUCCAUCGCCUAUGAGUGUACCAGAGCACGUUCCGAGUCCAAUGUCAGCAGGUGGCCCUACUCCUCCUCAGAUUCCACCAACCCAGGUUGCACCAAUGUUGCAAGGAGAUCCUCAGGUCAUGAGCCAGCAGAACAGAGGUCCUUCACCAUUCAAUCCAGUUCAACUUCAUCAAUUGAGGGCUCAGAUUCUGGCCUACAAAAUGCUUGCUAGAGGACAACCAUUACCAGAUAAUCUGCAACUAGCUGUUCAGGGGAAGCGAUCACUACCUAGUAUGCAACAGCAAGUAGCUCCCAUUGCUUACAAUAGGCCACCUAACAUGGGCAUGCAUUCAAUGGCUGGUCAGGCUGUAGGGCCCUCACAAAUAAUGCAAGGGCAUGUUCCCAAUGUUCCAAAACCCUGGACAGAGGGUCAAGUUAAUGAGAUGGGUAUUCCCAAUACACCUCAAAAAAUGCCUGCUCAGGCUACAUGUGGAAGACCUUCACCUGCACCGGCUGUACAAGCAACUCCAUCUGGACCUGGGGCCUCACUGUCUCAACAGCCUGUUGUCCAGCCUUCACCUACUAUCCAACUUCAUCAGAAGCAAAACCGUAUAACACCCAUCCAGAAACCGCAGGGAUUGGAUCCUGUUGAAAUUCUUCAAGAACGUGAGUACAGGCUUCAAGCUCGGAUUGCUCAUCGCAUUCAAGAGCUUGAAAACUUACCUGGUUCCUUACCUCCGGAUUUACGCAAUAAAGCUACUGUUGAGUUAAAAGCCCUUCGACUACUGAACUUCCAACGGCAGCUGAGGCAAGAAGUGGUUGCCUGUAUGCGACGUGACACCACUCUGGAGACAGCACUCAAUGUGAAGGCCUACAAACGUAGUAAACGGCAAUCAUUAAGGGAGGCUCGAAUCACUGAGAAGCUGGAGAAGCAGCAGAAGAUUGAGCAAGAGCGCAAGCGCAGGCAGAAACACCAGGAGUAUCUCAAUAGUAUACUGCAGCAUGCUAAGGACUUCAAGGAAUAUCAUCGUUCAGUUACUGGAAAAAUUCAGAAACUUUCCAGAGCAAUUGGUACUUGGCAUGCCAACACUGAACGUGAGCAGAAGAAAGAAACAGAAAGGAUUGAGAAAGAAAGAAUGAGGCGGCUGAUGGCAGAAGAUGAAGAAGGGUAUCGUAAACUAAUUGACCAGAAAAAAGAUAAACGUCUAGCAUACUUGCUUCAGCAAACAGAUGAGUAUGUUGCGAGCCUUACUAAACUGGUUUAUGAACAUAAGGCUGCCCAGGCUGCGAAAGAGAAGAAGAAAAAGAAGAAGAAAAAGAAGAAAACUGAAGAAGCUGCAGAAGGAGCAAGUACUACGCUUGCUCCUGAUGGAGAGCUUUUGGAUGAAAGCAGCCAGAUGAGUGAUUUGCCAGUCAAAGUUAUUCAUGUUGAAACUGGAAAAGUUCUUCAGGGAGCUGAUGCUCCAAAAGCAGUCCAACUAGAUACGUGGUUGGAAAUGAACCCUGGGUAUGAAGUAGCUCCAAGAUCAGACAGUGAGGAGAGUGGAUCAGAAUAUGAAGAGGAGGAGGAAGAUGAAGAAGCCCCAGUUGCACCAGAUAGUGAAGAAAAGAAGAUUAUCGUUCCUAAUAUUGAAGAUGUAUCUGACUUUUUUGCGAAGCAGAUAAUUGAAUGUGCUAAACAAGAUGUUGAUGAUGAGUACAGCAUGCGAGCUGGAAUGAAAGGUUCACAGUCAUAUUAUGCAGUGGCACAUGCUGUCACAGAAAGGGUAGAGAAGCAAUCCGCUUUGUUGAUCAAUGGAUCACUUAAACAGUACCAGCUUCAAGGGCUUGAGUGGCUGGUUUCUCUUUACAAUAACAAUCUGAAUGGAAUUCUGGCUGAUGAGAUGGGACUUGGAAAGACAAUCCAGACUAUUGCACUCAUCACCUAUCUGAUGGAACACAAGAGACUAAAUGGACCUUAUCUCAUUAUUGUACCCCUCUCAACUUUAUCUAACUGGGUGUAUGAGUUUGAUAAAUGGGCCCCAUCUGUUGUGAAGAUUUCCUACAAGGGUACACCAGCUCUCCGCCGGUCGUUUAUUCCACAACUGCGCAGUGGAAAAUUCAACGUUCUUUUAACCACUUAUGAAUAUAUUAUCAAGGACAAACAUGUGCUUGCUAAGCUUCGAUGGAAAUACAUGAUUGUAGAUGAGGGUCAUCGUAUGAAGAAUCAUCAUUGUAAACUGACGCAGGUGUUGAACACUCACUAUGUCGCACCACGCCGGGUCCUUUUAACAGGAACUCCGUUGCAGAACAAACUCCCUGAAUUGUGGGCCCUUUUGAACUUCCUUUUGCCGACUAUCUUCAAAAGCUGCAGCACCUUUGAACAGUGGUUUAAUGCUCCAUUUGCAAUGACUGGAGAAAGGGUUGAUUUGAAUGAAGAAGAAACAAUAUUGAUCAUUCGUCGUCUUCAUAAAGUGCUACGUCCUUUCCUUCUGAGAAGGCUGAAAAAGGAAGUGGAAUCCCAGUUACCAGAAAAGGUUGAGUACGUCAUCAAAUGUGACAUGUCUUCUCUACAGAAGAUUCUAUACCGCCACAUGCAAGCUAAGGGAAUUCUUCUUACAGAUGGUUCUGAGAAAGACAAAAAGGGUAAAGGUGGUGCUAAGACUCUCAUGAAUACCAUAAUGCAGCUGAGAAAAAUAUGCAAUCACCCCUUCAUGUUUCAGCACAUAGAGGAAUCUUUUGCUGAACAUUUGGGUUAUAAUGGAGGACUCAUUACUGGUCCAGACCUAUAUAGAGCUUCAGGAAAAUUUGAAUUAUUGGACCGUAUUUUGCCAAAACUGCGAGUUUCUAAUCACAGAGUGCUACUGUUCUGCCAGAUGACAUCGCUGAUGACCAUUAUGGAAGACUAUUUUGCACUCCGAAGUUUUCCAUAUUUGCGACUUGAUGGAACAACUAAGGCAGAGGAUCGUGGUGCUUUAUUGAAAAUGUUUAAUGAAGAAAACUCUAAGUACUUCAUAUUUUUGCUCAGCACCCGAGCCGGUGGCCUGGGCUUGAAUCUUCAAGCUGCUGAUACUGUUAUCAUCUUUGACAGUGACUGGAAUCCACAUCAGGAUUUGCAAGCCCAAGAUAGGGCUCACCGUAUUGGACAGCAGAAUGAAGUCCGUGUCUUGCGCCUCUGCACGGUCAACAGUGUGGAGGAGAAAAUUCUUGCUGCUGCCAAAUACAAGCUUAAUGUGGACCAGAAAGUUAUCCAGGCUGGUAUGUUUGAUCAAAAAUCUUCAAGUCAUGAGCGUCGAGCUUUCCUGCAGGCUUUGCUGGAACAUGAGGAACAGAAUGAGGGGGACACCAAUGCUUCUCCUUCCUGCAGUACUACCUGGGAAGAAGAUGAAGUUCCAGAUGAUGAGACCCUGAAUCAAAUGAUUGCUCGUCAUGAAGAGGAGUUUGAACUGUUUAUGCGCAUGGACCUGGAGCGGCGAAGAGAAGAUGCACGGAAUCCAAAACGUAAACCACGACUGAUGGAGGAAGAUGACCUCCCAUCAUGGAUUGUGAAAGAUGAUGCAGAGGUGGAGCGUUUGACUUGUGAAGAGGAGGAAGAGAAGAUGUUUGGCCGUGGUUCACGCAUGCGCAGGGAUGUGGACUACAGUGAUGCUCUUACAGAAAAGCAGUGGCUACGGGCAAUUGAAGAUGGUAAUUUAGAAGAAAUGGAAGAGGAAAUACGUCAAAAGAAAGCUAGAAAGCGCAGAAGAAAUGUAGAUAAAGAUCCAUCAAAAGAAGAUGGAAAGAAGAAGAAAAAGAGAGGCAGACCUCCAGCUGAAAAGCUGUCUCCAAAUCCACCAAGGAUCACUAAACAGAUGAAUGCUAUCAUUGACACAGUUAUUAACUACAGAGACAGCCUGAGCCGACAGCUAAGUGAGGUUUUUAUCCAGUUACCUUCACGGAAGGAGUUACCUGAAUACUACGAGCUAAUCCGAAAACCUGUAGAUUUCAAAAAAAUUAAGGACCGCAUUCGCAACCAUAAGUAUCGAAGCCUGGGAGAUCUAGAAAAAGAUGUCAUGUUGUUAUGUCAUAAUGCUCAGACGUUCAACCUGGAAGGAUCACAGAUUUAUGAAGACUCCAUUGUCCUUCAAUCUGUAUUCAAAAGUGCAAGGCAGAAGAUUGCUAAAGAAGAAGAGAGUGAGGAAGAAAGUAAUGAUGAUGAUGAAGAGGAGGAGGAGUCAGGAUCUGAGACAAAAUCGGUCAAAGUUAAAAUAAAGCUUGGUCGGAAGGACAGCGACAAAAGUCGCGAGAAAGGAAAAAGCAAGAAACGGCUAGGUCGUACUAAAAUCAAGCCUGUCAUUAGUGAUGAUGACAGUGAUGAUGACCAAGAUGACAAUGACCAAUCUGACAUCAGUGGAAGCGAAGAUGAAUGAUUUAAUUUUUUUUAAAUGUGAAUUGCUUCAUGGACAAGUCUUUGUUUCAGUAACUUUAUCAACUGUUUUGUUGCACAACUAUCCAUAAUUCCUCCUUCCCUUUACCCUUGCCCAGCUUGUCCUUUAUCUGAGAAGUAAAUCUGUUAGUAGAACAGUAUAAUCUUUAGUUUAGUUUAUGUAGGCAUGACCGCAGUAAAAUAAUUUCCUAAGAAUACAUCUGUUUGCAUCAUCAUCUAUAUUUGCUUUAUGCUUGUUAAUUGAAUUUAAAUGCUUUUGAAAUGUAUCAGUUUCUAUAUACAUUAAAACAUGUCAUAGCUUUUUCUUGUGUUCCUGAAGGUCAGUGUCACCACAGCUUUAAAUCCUGACAUAUCAUUUCAAGUGGAAAAUUUGUAUCAUUAUGCACAUCCCUUUUUAGUUUGUUUUGUUUUGAAAAUAUUAUUUUGCAACCAGUGCUGGUAAUAAGCUUUUCCUUAAGUGUACUUAAUUCUUGCUUUCUUUGCACAAUGUCUUUGGUGUAUCUGAUUGCCCAAGGCAAAUAAAAUCAAAUUCAGUUGUAAAGAGUGAACGUUUUUUGUCUGUGUUUAUUUAAGCACUAAUUAAGAAUUUAGCAAGAUUGGGAUACUUCUUGGGGAAUCCUGAAAUGUUAUUUAUAUUGCCACAAUUGAGGUCAGGCUAAUUAAAGGCCAUUUCAUGAAAGAAUUGUAAACCUGUGUUUUGUGAUUUGUGAAUUACUUUUAAACCUUGUGUAAGAAACGCACAGAUUAGAGUACUGUGUGGCAAGUUGAUUUGAAGUGUUUGGAAAUUAAUAGCAAUUCAACCACAUUCUGUCAUCUGAAUAGCUUUGUGGUGGUCCACUUUAUGGGCGAUGAUGAAAUAUCAUGUUUUCUUAAACAUGAUUUUCAUGGAAUAUUUUCAGUUAUAGGAAACAACUCCGGUCUUAAGCUGUUUAUUGAUGCUUGUACUGAAGAUGUUGAAAUGUGUUAAUGCCACUUCCAGAUGCUGAACAAGCUUAUUGUGAGCAAAAAUAAUCGAGCAGAUGACUUUCCACUUGAACUCAAAGACUCUCUUUCAUAAAAUACAAGCUUCUUUUGACCGUUACUUAGGAAGAAAUCCCAGAGGUGCUAAAAUUACAUGUAGCUUGAUUGCAUGAGGGGUGAUGGUUCAUUAUUGGGAUUUUAAAAAUAAUUUCAUUUCAAUUUGUGAUUAUAAUUUCAAUUGGUAAUUGAUUUUGUUGUAUUUCAUCAUAACUGUAAUUGCUUGUGAAAGUUUGAUCUAUCAAUAUGUCAGAGAAAACUGUAUUUUAAACUUGCCAAUAAAAAUUGAUAAAUGCACAGAA